CUUUUCUACCCUCUGUUCGUUCCUUGCCAUGUGCAGCUUGUCGAGAUGAUGUGAGAUGUCUAGGUAAUGGAAAAAGGACUGUUGUGCUUGUAGGAGGGCCUCGGCCCCACGACGUCGUUUUGACAUUGCGGAGAGCGGCUUGGUCACUUGCAGUGAAGGAGGACACUCAAUCUGUCGCACGCACCUGCAGCCAAUCAAUCCAUCAACCCAACCACUAUGGCUGACACGGAAGAUCCUACCAAGGCAGAGGCCCCUCCAGCCACGAGCAACGAGCAGACUGCAGCUCCCACGGGCGACGACAUGGAAGCAUCCCCAGACGCCGAAAUGCAAUCCGCCGACCACGACGACACCAGCAACACCAUGGACAACAGCGGCACUGCUAAGCCCGACACAAGCAUGAACAUGGACGGCGCAAGUGACGAUGCCCCCGCUGUGCCGCAGAUCGAGACGAGGAUGCCGGCAAAGAAGGAUGUCGCAUUACGAGACUUCCUGGGCAAGAUGGAUGAAUAUGCGCCAAUCAUCCCUGAUGCCGUCACAAACUACUACCUGACCCUCGCUGGCCUCCCCCCACCACCUGCCACACCACCUCACCUUGCGCGCCUCCUUGCGCUCGCUGCUCAGAAGUUCAUUGCCGACAUUGCGGCAGACGCUUACCAGUACUCUCGCAUCCGCUCCACCAACACCACUUCUAACAACCCCUUGACUGGACUCGGAGGUGCUGCAGGCUUUGGCAUGAUGCCGACAGAAGAGGGUGGCGCCAAGGGCAAAGGCAAAGAUGCUGCCAAAGGUGCUCAACUCGGCGGUCCUCGUCCUGGUUACGGCGGUGGUGGUGUGGGAUCCUCUGGUGGCAGGACAGUCUUGACCAUGGAAGAUCUGGGCAUGGCAGUCGGAGAGUACGGAGUCAACGUCAAGAGAGGCGAGUUCUACAGGUAACUCACUUGCAUAUUGCAGGGCAUAUGGGCUGGCGUUUCUCUGGAUCAAUGGGCUGCUGGGAUAUUGGCGGCAGAAUUGCACGCGUUCUUUAUGAAAAGAUGAAAAGGUCAUUCAUCCAUGGCCAAGGCGUUCGGGGCAUGACAAGAGCAGGCAUCUAGAUGGGACUGUACCAUAGGGAAGAUGGACUUUGAUCACGCUAUCACAAAUUGAAAAGACUUUAAUCCACCAGACUGUACUGUCAUGGGAACAGGGUGAUGUGACAAGGCUGGCAUAUUGUGCUUUCUGAACUUGGUAAUUUGUACAAGAGACGCCACUGAACGCCAGGAACCGCAAAGAAACGAUAAUGUACCAAUCACUUGUUCUUGGUCUGCUUGUAGGUAAAG